GAACACUAUUUUAAACACUUUAUUAGAAUGCUACUCAAGUAAUAUACAACUAAAUGUAUUCAAAGUCUGUGUUUUGGUUUAUACUUCAAUCACCAUUUCAGAACAAGUUUCAUUCAACUAUAGACACUUAAAUCCAAUAUUUUAUUUCAUAGCCGUGCACGCACUCUAGAAAUUUAGAUCACCUGAUUAGCCAGGAAUGGGAACAGCAACCACUCAGUACACAAAUCCAGAGUGAACUGACAAAAUCUGACAAAUCAUCCUGUUUAUGUACGAUCCUAGUUCAAUGGGUCAUAAAAUAAAAGACCACGCAGCCUGGCUUAACCCCUCCAACAAUCAGGUACCAAGUAAAAGUAAAUCUCUUUAAUUUUCACCCGAACUUAUUACGUAUUGUCUACAACAUUAUCCAAAGUUUUGGUACCUGUCUAAGUCGGCUAUUGUCCAAAACAUGACGUUUUAACUUGUAAAAUGUGGAUAACAAUGAGGGUAAUUACAACAUUUUAAGUUCCACGUUAUAUUACCGACCUUCGGGAGAAACAAUGUUAAUAGGAUUAUCUGGGAUGUAAUAGGAAUUUGAAUACCCUAUUCGUUGCUUAUUGGCAAUAGGAAUUCAUUACGGUAAUAAAAAUAUAUCAUAAAGUUUUUGAACCACGCAUGCCUAAGCUAAAAGAAGUAAUGCUUGAAUCAAUUGGAAAUACAUUAAUUAACACUUGUGAGUUAUUUUUAUCAAAUAUUGAAAAUUAUUACUACACCGUUCUAAUGCCUAUCUUUUUGAUUUGCUUAAAUUGUUUGAAAGAAAGAAACAAAAAUUAGAGAUAGGUGAAGCUUAAUUUACGUGGUAAUAAAGUUUGACAUUAAGGUUCUGAAUUGUAUACUUUCAUUCACAAAUUCGUAGCUGUCCCUAUACCACUCAUAUGUUUACCUUAGACAUCCCGAUAAGUCCUAUAGAUGUUAAUUUAAAUUAUUUAAUUGGCUUGAGUGCCUCUUGCUAAUUAUAAAAAAAAAACAUCAAUUGUGUCUCGCGUGCAACGGGUUAAAGUAGUACUGGAUUUUGUUGGAAACCUAAUAAGUACAAUGUGAUUUUACAAUCCCAAAAUCAUAUUUUUCAACCAUUUCGGCAAUGGUUAUCGUUAUGGUUUUUCUUAGAAAUGUAUAGCUUUUCUUCUCGCUAAUUCCUAUGCAUAUUGUUCUUGUUUUCAGAAAGCGUACCUGCUUACUGAUAAGAAUAAUAAUCCUGUCACACUCGAUACUAUAAUCCAGGGAUGGCGAACCUUUAUUGACUUGCCAAAUCAAAUAAAAAACAUAACUACAAUUAUAGAGGCGUUCCUUUAUGACAAAAAGUUAACAUGAAAAGGUAAAAGAUUAUGAAGAAUAUACUUGUCUUUGAUUCGAAAAUUUUCUUAAAAAAUUAUAACAUUAGCGCUCAGAUAUCUUAAUAAAUAGGCUCUGUUCGGGAUAUGGGAAAUAGUUCUCAUGUGAUCUGAUUGAAUGCACGAGUACGUGGUUAUGGUACAUAAUUUCAAUUGAAAACUUGCAAAAUAAUGGUGUGCCCAAAUUAUUUAGCUGCGUUCCACCACGGGCACGCGUGCCAUUGGUUCGCCAUCCCAGAGAUUACAGUAUAAUCUCUAUACGUAGAAAACUUUUAAAGUUUUUUUUAUUACUCAUUUAUUUUUGCAUACCUAAGUCUACAGUUCUUCAUAAUUUACUUCACUUUCAGGAUUUUAUAUAGGUACAACACCUGUGUAACUAUAUUAGUUGAUGAUAUAGUUAUUAUUUCAUAUGAAGGUAUUUCUAUAUUUAGAUACUGACAUCAUUCAAGUGUCAAUUUAGUUCUUGAAUUACACAGUUCGAAUAAAACAAACAUGUUGAGGGUGCAACAAAUUAACUUCAAAAUAACGGUUCUCAAGAAUGAACAAGAUUCCCUAUGUCGCUUGUCUAAUGCAGUUCUCUAUGAUUUCUAUUAGCAUUUUUUUGCUUGCACAUCGGGUAGGGUCUUCGAACGUUAGGGCAAAACUACGCUUUGUAUUGUCGUGAUUCCUUACCUGAGAAAUGUGCAAUACAACCGGCAAGGCUCAGUUUCAUUUUGAACAUCGUUAAGAAAGGUGAAUCUAUGUGCCAUGGCGUCGAGGGUUUGGCUCUUGGUAGAGUGGGUGGACGAAAGCAAUGUGUUUCCUUCAUAUGGUGUGGUGAACGUGGAUACCUUGGCUUACGAUGAAACGGACCUGCAUCCUGGAAAUACAAUUUUCAUGCGAGUGAAACAUGAAAAUCCUCGACGCGCAAAGAUUUUGCGGAUAUCAGAAAGCAAACGUUAUGUCAAAGAACAAAAAGAGAUCCUGGAACGUCAAGAUCAGCAAGUUAAGAAUGUUCUGCAACUAUGUAUGCGGACGAUCAAAGAAAUGAAAUCAGAUAAUUCGUUUAACGCACAGCAGCAAACCGGUAGCCGUAGCCCUUUACCACAUGUGGUGGUCGCGCAAAAUGACGAUAGCGACAGUGACAGUGAUUCGGAGGAUACUACUGUUAAAGUUAACCGAAGCCGAACUCGCAACUUCAAUAAGUCAACACCAAAAUGCACUCCCCAGUAUAAUCGUAAUAAUGCAAGUACUGGAAAACAUAUGCGCAGUUCAAUGAAUGCAAAUACUGUUAGACGGCGGUCUAUUGUGAGCAGCACGCCACUUCCUUGUAACAGCGCACAGAACAACGUUAGACUAUGUUACGACCAGGGCACACAAACAGAGGAAGUAUUUUUGAAUCCACCAGCAUCAAAAAUCGAAGAAAUGGAAACAGUACUCAAGAAUCUUUAUACAAGAUUUCAGUCGCUUAUAUCCCAAGCAAAUGUGAUAUCCAAUGGUUCAAUAUCGAUGUCAGAAUCUGAGCAUAACGAUGAGGUUGCUUACAUCGAGCAGAAUGGAGACUCUUGGGUGGAUCAAAACAAUACAGAGUAUGUUCAGCAAGACAAUUUGAUAUCCGCUAAUAUUGUUGAUGACGUAGGUGCAGAGGAAGUAAUAGAAGAUAACCCUGGGAAUCAAACAGCAAACAGUUUGAAUGUAAAAUCUGAAGAGAAAGUUAAUCCUAAUACCUUUCGGGUGCGCAGAAUGUCAGCACAAACGACAAAUAACAUUGAAACUUCCACAGAUGCUGAUUUGGUACCGAUCGGCAAUGGAAACGCUAAGGUCCCUUCGAGAGUCCUGAAUGACAUUGAUUGGAAUUCAUAUACUUCCGCAACGAGACAAUUAUUGCAAGCGAUCUUCCCGCGAAGAGUAUUGGCGACACACUCGCUGACAGGGAAGCAGUCUCCAGCCUUCUUGAAUAGACCCCCAAAGAAAAUUUUAGACCCUCAACUAGUUGAAGACAUUAUAAAAACUGUUUCAAUGAAAUGUGGCGUUCCUAAGAAUUUGGUGAGAAACAGCAUAACAAUAAAGUGCACAGACGAAGCAAAACUAUAUCGUAAUCGGCAACAAUACAAGAAAGUGCACAUGCCGCUGCAGCAAAUUAACAAUGAAAACAUUCCACCUUCAGCACCCUCGUCGGAUGAAUCUCAUGCCGUUAUAAAUUAAACGCCAUAAAUUGAUUUGAAUUAAGUAAUUCUGCAAAUGUUCGUCUCAUUCAGAAUAUAAUAAUAUUCUUGAGAAGUUAAUAGUUUAUGGCUUUUGCCAGAAAUACGAAAACCUCAAAAUACGAUAAACAAACAGUGCAUGAUACUUGCAAUUGAGUGCCAGUAACUAUUACCAAUUAGUAUUUACCCCCAAAACCCAGAAGAAUACCUCUAUAUAAAUAGGCAACUCUCUUUCCGGCAAAAGCAAUAACUUAUUAACUUAACGCAACUUUUUAAAACAAAUUGUAUGUUUUUCAAUAUCUGAAUAUUAUUUAAAUUACUGUUACCCUUUUGUAUUUGACGAAAAUAAAGAACCAUUUUAACGUUUUAUAAA